UGAGUUUUGGUCACCGCGGCGCCGCGUCAACUGCCAUCGGCUCGAGCUGGCGCGGACACGACGUCAACGGACACGACGGCGGGUGACGGCAGCGGGACAGGUGCUGCACCUUAUGAUGUAGUUCAGUCAGUAAAGUGUAAAUACAGAUGAAGAUGGCAGAGGUGGUAAAUGGAGUGAGGAAGCUGUGUGCCAGCGCCGUGAUGCUACUUUAUCUUCAGUCUGUGUUUCAUUGAUGAAGAUGUGUGAGAAGAAUGCUUCAUUAUGAGAAGUGGCCCUGGGUGUGAGCCGUACUGUACAGGUCGAUGUGGAGGGGUACUUUGAGGUAUGGCCUCAUUGGAUCUACCGUACCGCUGUCCAAGAUGUGGGGAACACAAGCGUUUUAGGAGUUUGUCUUCAUUGCGAGCUCACCUGGAAUACAACCACACCUAUGAGACCCUUUACGUCCUUUCUAAGUCUAAUAGCAUCUGUGAUGCCAGUAUUGUGUCUCCAGCAGCUGACAAAUCAAUUCUGAUACCUGCUUCCUGUAAAGAAAUCUUUGAAAGUACCUCAUUCAGCAGUAAAGAACAGAGAUAUUUAUAUGAUUUAGAGUGCGGGGAGGAGUUAUCCGCCUGUUACUUGCCUGAGGUUGAGGAACCAGUAAACGAGGUCCUGAUGAGAAAGGCCAUGACUCCCUCCACUCCGCCCGCUGCCCUGGCGGCAGCCGCAGUCGACGCCGUUUAUGAAGAAGGCCUGGCUCGGUUGAAGAUCCAAGCUUUUGAGAAACUGGACUUGAACGAACGCUUGGAGAAGCUAUCCGAAGAGGUGGAGCAGAAGAUCACGGCUCGAGUGGACAAGCUUCAGGGCGAACUUGAAAAGAGAAGCUCAGAAUUGGAGCGAGCCAAGCAGGAGAGUCUCAGGUUGUGUCAAGAGAAGCAGGAUCUUGAGGAUAAGGCUUCGGAACUAUCACGGCAAGUCGACGUGAGUGUGGAAAUGCUGGCGACGUUGAAGCAGGACUUGGUACAGAAGGACCAGGAGCUAGCCAGGAAACAGCAGUGAGGAGAAAGGUAUGCGUCCCCAAGUGGAAUCUCUCGAGGCAAUGUGCCUGUGUCUGAGCAGCAGUCAUUGCCAAAUAUCAGACCCAAGCCCCCUGGCCACGCGUCACGAUGCUACGACAGUGACAGCUUCAUGCCAUCUAUUGAGGUGCAGUGCCUGGAGCAGAGUCCAGAGCACAACUAUCAAUACAAACAGAUGCGUAAUGCAGAGAGCAAGUGCAGCAGAGACCCCAUGUCACGGAACUCAGCGCUACGCAGGCAGGCGGUGGAAAAUUGGCAUCGCAGGCCAUAUCGCAACAGCACGGAGGGAGAAGAAGGGGAUGUGUCUGACGCAGGGUCCAGGACAACUGAAUCCGAGGUGGAUGUGUGGGAGCAAGAGAGUAAAUGCUCCAGCGAGCCACACAAGUUUGGAUCCAACUGUGGCAGGGCGUAUCGCCUCAGUACAAGUAACGCCAAAGCAGUUAGUUACAAAACAGCCAAGCAUCAUAAGGGCAGCCCCUCAAUGUCCAACGAAGUCAUUAGUCCUGAGGUGUUGAAGAUGCGAGCCGCCCUCUUCUGUAUCUUUACGUACCUGGACACCAAGACAUUGUUGCAAACGGCUGAGGUGUGUCGGGAUUGGAAGUACGUGGCCAGACAUCCGGCCGUCUGGACCCGAGUUCUGUUGGAGAACGCCAGAGUGUCCUCUAAGUUCAUGAUGACCCUUUCCCAGUGGUGUACCCAGACCCAUUCGCUCACUCUGCAAAGCAUCAAGCCCCGGCCAAAGGGGAAGAAGGAGAGCAAGGAGGAAUAUCUCAAAAGCAUACAUGGAUGUCUGGAGACUGGGCUGGAAUCCUUGCUGAAGGCUGCGGGCAGCAACCUACUGAUUUUGAAAGUUUCCCACUGCCCCAACAUACUGACUGACCGUUCCCUAUGGCUGGCCAGCUGCUACUGCCGUGCCCUCCAGGCAGUCACCUAUCGGAGUUCCACUGACCCAGUUGGCCAUGAGGUGGUUUGGGCUUUGGGUGCUGGCUGCAGGGACAUAAUUUCUCUACAAGUUGCACCGUUACAUCCAUGCCACCAGCCAACGCGUUUCAACAACCGGAGUCUACAGAUGAUCGGCCGGUGCUGGCCGCACUUGCGGGCACUGGGAGUUGGAGGAGCAGGAUGUGGACUGCAGGGUCUGGCCUCCUUGGCUCGGAACUGUAUCCGUUUGCAAGUUCUGGAACUUGAUCACGUGACUGAAAUAAACCAGGAAGUAGCAGCGGAGGUUUGUCGAGAGGGGCUGAAGGGAUUGGAAAUGCUGGUGUUGACAUCAACCCCAGUCACCCCGAAAGCUCUGCUACAUUUCAACAGUGUGUGUCGCAGCUUGAAGUCUAUUGUGGUCCACGUUGGGAUAACCGAUUACUUUGAGGAGCCAGGCAGUCCAGAAGCUCGCAAGUUGUUUGAAGAAAUGGUCAGCAAACUUCAGGCUCUGAAGAAAAGGCCUGGCUUUUCCAAAAUCCUGCACAUCAAAGCGGAAAGUGUUUGUUGAAGUUUACAACUGAGAACUCCUAUUCUGAUGAUAUAUAUCACCUGAUGGUGAUAUAUUAUUAUUCUCAACAUUAUUACAGAAAUGGGGCUUUUCUGUAACGGUCCAAAACUAAUGCUUGAUCAGAAAGCAAAGCUGACUUGAGUUGUAAUCAAAGAGCAGUCUGAGCUGUAAUCACUCUCACCUCAACCAUCAACCUGCCACAAACUGGCUCAUGUUUCCUACAGGAAGACAGAAGCAUCUCUUCAACGCCCAGUAUCCAUUCAAGUCCCACAUUCAUUGGUCACCCUUCAGUGAUGGAACCAGAAGGCUAGCCAAGCAAUCACAGUCAGACGACUUCAAAUACAAAUGUACAUUGACUGGUGUAGGAGGGAACUGCAGAUGUGGUUUGCACCGAAGAUAGACACAAAAAGCUGGAGUAACUCAGCGGG